AUGUCAAGUGAAGACUCUAAUCGUACUAGUGAAGCCACUGAAGGUUGUGCUACAGCCACAACAUGUCAGGAAGAUGACUCCCAGAAGAAAGGCCUGCAGGCCAUCAAGGACGCGCAGAAGCGUCGACGCCGGUGCAUGCGAAGAUACGAGCGCAUCAGGGCAUGUACUGCGUACAUUUUGGAAAAAACAACAGAAAGCUAUGUGGAAGUAUGGAUCGAUCCAAAGAGGCUUCAGCCCCAGAUUGACGAUGCUGUACAGUUGAAACGAGAAAUACUACUCACCCAGGAUGAGAUUUUCAAUGUUCUGGACGACUUAGAAAGAUGUAGUGUACACGACGAAGAAGAGGAGUGGGAGCGUGAAUUUAAUGUGUCUUGGCGCAUUUUUGAAGAUGCCCAGAUAGCUGUCGACCAAGUCGUAUUUGAAGAGGAGAAAUUGAAGCGUCAGUCCCAAUCCGCCAUUCUGGCUGCUCAGCAACAGCACCAGAAAGCCUCAGUGACUUCAGUGGAUGCCACCACCAAUAGUGCCAGUGCCACUGAGGACAUACCAGUAGUUGACGAGGAGGCGCAUCAACAAACAGCAGUGCAGCUGGAAGAAGAUUCUAGAGACCAGAACGAGUCUCCAGCUAUGAUCAUUGUAGAUGGCAUCCGACGAGCAUCGUCAAGUCUCAGUAUCCACAGUGCACCAACAACGCUGUCCACCAUUGAGGUGGCGGCACAGGCAGCAGUAGCAGCCAUGCAAGCUGCACGCUCCAGUCCAGUGGUGAAACUUCCUCAGCUGAAACUGUCUCAGUUCAAUGGAGACAUCAUGGACUGGCCAGAAUUCUGGCAGACAUUUGAGUCCUCUGUUGGUCUUCGUCAAUCGUUGCCGGACGUAUCAAAAUUCACGUACCUCAAAAGCGUCCUGACGGGUGUCGCCGCAGCAGCCAUCGAAGGCAUUCCAAUAACAGCAGCUAACUAUCCUAUCGCAGUUACGAUGCUGAAGGACAAAUUUGGACAGCCUGAGCUGAUAGUGGCAACACUGUAUCGUAAACUGGCACAGCUGCCACAAUGUAACAACCGGUUUACUGAAGUGAAGGCUACCAUUGACCAAAUGGAGAAACUCCUUCGUCAAUUGGAAGCUCAGGGAGAGAACCUGGAUACUCAGCGCGUCCUCAUUCAGCAACUCUUCUCGAAGUUCCCGUUCCAGCUCGUCAGCAAACUGGAGGAGCAGAAAUCCGACCAUACUGUGCCAUGGACGGUCAAAACAGUACGGGAGAUGCUAGCGAAGUAUGUAGCAAUGCAGAACACAGUUCGUCAGUUCACCGACAACAUCAGCCAGACACCUCAGCCUAAGAUACAUGGACACCAGCAACAACACCAUCGUCCACCAACAAUGGGAUUCGUAUCCAGCCAGGCAAGCCCCAGAAGAGAACCGUCCUGCGUCUUCUGUCGGUCAAGCCAUUUCAGUGAUGAGUGUACCAACUACUCAACACUGGAUUCCAGGAAGGAUCAACUGUUGUCCCUACGUAGGUGCUUUGUGUGCCUCAAAGAAGGCCAUAUCGCAAGGAAUUGUGCACACCGUAGUAGAAAUUGCUACCACUGUAGCGGAACAGGCCACAGUCGUGCUAUUUGUCCCAAGAAGGGUCAACAAUAUAAUCCAGCAGUCGAAGUUCCGAAACACCAGCAAACAAAUUCACUGGCCAAUGGCAGUCCACAGACAGCAGCAAUCGCAGCUUUGUCACAGACAGAGAUGCCAAGCCAAGAGCCGGCGGCAAUUCCAGAUGAAACCACGGAACUAGCCACCACGAGCGUCUCAACACUGAAAGCAGUUAUUCAGUCAGCCAUGCUGCAAACCGCUAAGUGUAACGUGACUGACCAUUGUGGGAAGAAGGUCAUGGUCAACGCACUACUGGACAGUGGCAGCCAACGAUCGUUCAUCACUGCAGCUCUAGCUAAACGACUCCAGCUACCAGUCGAGAAUGAAGAGAGGCUCUACCUGAACACCAUGGCAGCAACUAAGUCCAAGAGCUUCAAUUCGCAAUCGUUCCAACUCGCUGUCAACCUCCGAGACGGUAACAUGGCACAGAUAAUGGUGAAUACUCUGCCUACCAUAACCAACCCAAUUGUGAAACAAGCCGUGCAACAGACCGACUUGGCGUUUCUUGAACAGCUGUCUCCAACAGCGCUAGCAGAUUCUGUGCCUCACGCAAUGGAAACUGUCAACAUCGACUUUCUAAUUGGUGCUGACUACUUUUGGCAACUGGUGGGCAAUAAUGUUAUCACACUGCCAUCAGGACUCAAGCUAGUCUCCUCCGAAUUUGGAUACCUGCUCACCGGCUGCAGUUCACUACCGGAUGAAUGCAGCAAUGAUGACACGACCUCCCUGGUGGUUACCAGCAGCGGUUCAAUUUUCUCAGGAGCUGCAAGCAUCUCCAACCGUAACACAGAGGACAGGGUACUGUCUCAAUUCUGGCAACUGGAGAAUAUCGGAAUCAAGGAUUCACCCUACGCGAAUGAUGACGAAAUCGCACUGGCGCAAUUUCGCAAGACAACGGAAAAUUCCGAUGGCAGGUAUUCCAUCCAAUGGCCAUGGAAGCCUGAUGACACCAAAGAUCAACUUCCUAGCAACUACGGCUUAGCCCUUGGCCGAAUGAAAUCACUGGCCAAACGACUCGCUACAGACGGACAGCUGCUCGAGAGUUAUGACAAGGUGAUCCGACAGCAGCUAGCUAAGGGAAUCAUUGAAGAAGUUCAACUUUCCGGAACCAGUGGUAAACAACACUAUUUGCCACACCACCCCGUUGUGACACCAGCGAAGUCAACAAAGGUCAGGAUAGUGUAUGAUGCAUCAGCCAAAGCGAGUGCAACAUCUCCAAGCCUGAACGACUGCCUCUACCGUGGCCCAGUGCUACUCCCUGACCUCUGCGGCCUGCUAAUGCGUUUCCGUCUCAAGCCAAUUGUGAUUAGCGCUGACGUAGAGAAAGCAUUUCUUCAAAUUUCUAUUCAGCCAAGUGACAGGGACGUCACCCGAUUCAUCUGGUACAAGGACUGUACCACACCUGAGAAGGUUAACGGCAAUGUCACAGCGUACCGUUUCUGUCGAGUGCCGUUCGGUGUAGUCUCGAGCCCAUUUCUGCUCGCUGCUACCAUUCAGCUGCACCUCACACAGGCCCAGACCGAUGUGUCUGGUGCUAUUGCACGUGAUCUGUAUGUGGACAACCUAAUAACCACGGUCUACUCCCCAGAAGAAGGUAUUCAUCUCUACAAGGAAGCCAAGCAGCUGUUCUCAGAUGCAUCCAUGAACCUACGGGACUGGACCUCCAACUCCGACAAAGUGUUGGACAAGAUUCAAGAAAUCGACCGAUUGCCAUCAGCAUCUACCAAAGUCCUUGGGCUCAAGUGGGAUAGCAAAGCAGAUAACAUCGCCGUGUCCAACAGCAUCAAUGAGAAAUCAGUCGGUCCAGUCACAAAGCGCAGCGUGCUGAACAAAGUGGCAAGCGUGUUUGACCCACUCGGAUUGAUGACACCAUCUACACUGCAAGGGAAGCGGUACCUUCGUCGGCUAUGGGAGGAAGGUCUGGAGUGGGAUGCCCCAUUGUCCGCACCAAUGCUCCUGGAGUGGGACAACAUCCAAUCAGCACUCCGGCAGACGACGACCGUCACCAUUCCAAGGUUCAUUGGUCCUGCGAGUGCAAGUCAACCGAUGAGUCUACAUAUCUUCACAGAUGCAUCCAAGGAUGCAUAUGCAGCAGCAGCUUACCUCCAAGUGCAGAUUCCGGAUUCCAACAAGUACACGGUGAAUCUCAUCUUCUCCAGAUCCCGACUGACCCCGUCAGCCAACAAACCGUCCAAGAAGCAAUCAGUCACCAUUCCUCGUAUGGAACUGCUCGGCGUGGUCAUCGGAUUCAGGAUGGUCAAGUUCAUCCAAUCCCAGCUUCAACUUCAGAACAACAUCCCAACAUACCUCUGGACUGAUGCCAAGUGUGUUCUCCACUGGCUCACAACGCCCCAUCAUCUCUCAACAUUUGUUGCCAAUCGUGUGAAGGAAGUGAAAUCCAAUCAGCAGCUACAGUUUCGUCACGUUCAGUCCCAGGACAACCCUGCAGACAUAGCAACACGCGGUCUUCAGCCAGAGGAGUUGAAGGAGUCUUCUCUCUGGUGGCAGGGUCCUGCAUGGCUAGCAGGAGACAAAGAGGACUGGCCAACAGGAAAACUGAUCGUCACGCAAGAAGACAUUGCAGAAGCAGACAAAGAGAGACGCUCCCCUCUCAUUACAAUUGGGAACACAGCUGCCGUCAUCAACGACAGCACAGAAACGUAUUCGCUUCAGGCAGCAGAACAACGUGUUUCAUCCCUCAGAUCGCUCUUGAGGACUACAGCAAUCUGCCUCCGUUUCAUUGGCAAAAAGAUCUGGAGCAAGGUCAGUAGCAGCACACGAGAGAAGCUACGGCCAAAGAUUCCCCUCGCAGCAAUGGUCUUUGAUGAUGCUUCGCGCACCAAGUACGUAGCAGCCAGUGAUCUCAGCAUCGCAGAGAAGAUCAUCAUCAGACAACACCAACAACAGAACUUCACGGAUGCGUUCAAAGCUAUAGACAGCGGUACUCGUCACCCCCUUCAAGACCAGCUCGGACUUCGCCUGGAUGCUGAAGGACUGCUAAGAUGCCAUGGAAGGCUAGACAAUGCUCAGCUACCUGAAGAUGCGACUCGCCCUAUGCUGAUAUCCCGACACAGUAAGCUAAGUACUCUGAUCAUCCGGGAAGUUCAUGCGCGUCUCAUUCAUGCCGGAGUGUCUCACACACUUGCCCAGAUUCGACAGAAGUACUGGCUUCCACAAGGGCGAGCAGCUGUGAAAGCCGUUCUGAGUAAAUGUGUCAUUUGUCAGAAACACGAAGGGCAACCGUUCCGUCUACCCCAGAUGCCACAGCUACCAGCAGAACGAGUACAGCAGUCUCAUCCAUUUCAGUACAUCGGCCUCGACUAUCUCGGCCCAUUCAGCGUCAACAUCAGCAGUACAACACAGAAGGUAUGGGUGUGCCUCUUCACCUGUAUGGCAACCCGUGCGGUUCAUUUGGAAGUAGUGAUGGGAUUAACAACGGCCCAGUUCGUCAACUGUUUGAAACGAUUCAUUGCCAGGCGAGGACGACCUGACAAGAUCAUCUCAGACAAUGCGCCACAGUUCAAGUUGGCACAGACGUACCUCGAUCAGAAGUGGAAAAAGAUCCUAACCUGCCCUGAGCUGGCCUGCUACCUUGCAGAACACAAGGUAACCUGGGUUUUCACCACUGAGUUUGCACCGUGGCAAGGCGGUUUCUAUGAGCGACUAGUUGGUCUGGUGAAGCGAGCUUUCCACAAAGCCAUUGGCCGCAGUCGAUUCACCUACGAGCAGUUCAACACAAUCACAACGGAAGUUGAGGCAAUGCUCAACACACGCCCAUUGACGUAUGUACCGUCAGAGUCGACAGAUGGAAUCAUCACGCCAAACCACUUCAUUGCCCCAACUCGCUCACUGGGACUUCCUGACGAUAUCCAGUCAGAUGACUACAUGCCCCAACGAGAUCCAGUCGCUACUAUUACGUCACUGCAGAAGAAGCAGCAAGCUGCACUGGACACGUUCUGGAAGUUGUGGAGAGAUGACUAUAUCCUUGCACUUCGCAGCCGACAGCCAAUCAACCAUCGUCUCAGGAGGAGCCGAACCACUGAUCCCAAGAUCGGCGACAUGGUCAUGAUCAAGAACGACCAGCUACCACGUGGAAUGUGGAAGAUGGGAAAAAUCAGAGAACUGCAUGACAGCGCGCAGGACGGCAAGACUCGUUCGGCGACAGUACAGACGACCAACUCCAUCCUGAACCGACCGAUCAACCACCUCUACCCGCUAGAAGUGAACGCAACGGAGGAGAAGGAGAACACUGAUGUCAUCGACAACGGCAGCACUGAUGUUGCUAGCAGCAGGCCUCAGCGCAUGGCCGCCCAGAAGGCAAAGGAAAGGCUCAAUGCACAAAUGCAGGCUGAGCUGGUGUCUGUAGCUUUCACCUUUGUUUCUACGUAUGUAUGUAUGUAG